AUGAAUUUGAUUUCAUCAUUUAUUUUUGUUGCUUUACUAACAACUCCUUGUUUUUAGAAAUGCAGUUCAAAGAUGGAUGCAUUGACUAUCUAUGCUACAAAAGAUGAACAGUUGAAUUGGAAUUUAGUUGAUGAAUUUUUUAAUGGAUAAGGGUUAACAUUCUCAUUAAGUGAUACCCAACAGAACCAAUUCAAGAUAAUAGAACCUGUAGAGAACACAGGUGGUUCUGCUUUAUAUUCAUAAGGUAUUUUAAAGUUAAAAUGAGUUAGCUGCCACAAAGAUUGUAUCAUCAAGAGCAUUAAAGUCAAAUAAAUAUUGGGUGAAUUCAUUUGUGUUUUUAAAUAAGGGAACGACAUAAAUAACAUUAGGAAUAGCAGAAGGGUAUAUAUAUAAUAAUUAUAAUAGUGAGGCAGCUUAGAAUGUGAUAGCUCCAAAAUUUGAUGAGGUCAUAAUCUUGAAUUAGAUUGAAGAUGGAUUAGAUUGUUAUGAUUUGGAAUAUAUAGCUGAUAAGACCUUUAUAGUAGAUUGUUCAAAGAUUGUUAAAGGUGUUGCUCAUAAUGUUUUAUAUUAUGUGAAUAAUGGAGAUUCUUAUGAAUAUUUGAUAGAGGAAGCAUUAGUGAAAGCAAAUCAUGGCCGUUUAUUAGGAUCAUAUAAAGUAAAAGGAUAAGGUGGAAAAGAAUUCAGAUAUUUAGUAAGAGCAACUCCAUCAUAUUCAAUUUUACAAGAUGGAUCUUUAAGUGGAGACUCAUUGUUAGAAGUGUUCUUAUUGAAUGAUAAAGGUUAACCAUCAAAUACAGGAUAUGUUUUAGAUGGAGUUACUAUGUCUUGGUUAUUGAAUAAAUAAUAUGAUUUUGAAUUUAAUAUAGUGGAUAUGAAAGUGUUAGAGAAUGGAGAUAUUUAUUUAUUGGAUGCAUAAUAUGGUAUAUUUAUAGUAAAUUUUAUUCCAAAUGGUACAUUUUCAUUGAAGAAAUAAAUUGAUACAGGAAUGGGUUUUGCUUAUGCAUUUGAUAGAAACAUCUUUUUGAGAAGGGAUGGCACUUAUACUGAGAAUAUAGCUGUAUUAGGAUAUGGUUUUGUAGAAUUGAUUGUAAAUGGUUAAUUGAUUUCAGAAUACAAAUUGCCUGAAGGAGUUCAUUAUACAUUCCCAGCAAAUAUUGAUUUAUCAUAAGAAUUUAUAGUUGUUAGACAUGAUGAUGCAACUUAUCUUUUUGAUAUAGAUGCAAAAUCAAAAGAUUUAUUACAAUUAUAAGUAAUUCCAUAAACUAAUUAUGUUAUGAUUAAUCCAUUCUUACCUGAUAUGAUAGUAUUAACAUUGGAUAGAGCUUAUAGAUAUACAUUAUCAUAAGGAUAUUUAUAAUAUAAAGGUUAUGAUAAUGUAUAAGAAAAGAAGAUGAUUGAAAUUAUUGCAACAAGUGUUGAUCAAACUUGUAAAGUUCAACUUACAUAUUAAAUAAUUGAAAGUGAUGAUAAAUAACUAUAUAAAUAUAGUGAUACACUUACUCCAUUCCCAAGUUAAAUAACAGAAGAUACUGAACCAUUUUAAUUGAAUGUAUUAACUAGUGGUCCAAAUGAAUAAUAUAAAUAGAUAGUAGAAUUGAAAGAUGAUAAAACUGCAGUUUCAGUUUCAUUAAAAACCUAUUGGGAAUUGAAAUUUGCUUAAGAUUUAUAAAAGGAUUUAUAAUUCCAUGAUGUUUUAGUUGGAACACAAUCAUCAUAUUUCUUUUUAGCUCAAUAAAAUAAGGAUGGAAAAUUAACAAUUCUCAAAGCUACUCAUGAUUCAAUCUUUAAUGGUGAUGCUACUUAUGUGAAAAUAUUUGAUAAUGUGAAUAUAGGUACUAAAUUGACUAAAUCAACAUUCUAAAUGUGGGAAUGUGAAUGUCCCAAAUUCCACUUUGCUUAUGUUGAAAAUAAUAAAGUUAAUCUUAAAGUAUUCUCUGAUAAUUAAGUCAAAGAAGUUAAUACUAUUCCAUUUGAAAAUGGUGUUAGCAUAUUAUUCUUAAAGAAUAAUCUAUUAUUACUUUAAAAUGGCACUGUUCAUGCAUAUACAGAACAUGGUGAUUUUGUUAAAUCUGUUGAUUUAGAUUUAUUAGUAGAAUAAGGUUACAAAGGAACAUGGGCACCUAAGAAGAUAUUUGGUAAUAGAAAAUUAAGAGAAAAUCUUAUAUUUGUAGUACAUGAAGAUCAUAUCACUCUCUUAGAUUUCCAUACAUCAUUUACAUUCAUUAAAUAAAUUGCCAUAGAUCAAUCUGAUAAUAUUGAAAUUGCUAUAGGUGCUGAAACAUUCUUUGUUGUAACUAAUGAAAUUGUAGAAUAUGAUUUUGAUAGAUUAAACAAUAUUUUCAAGACUAAAGUAGUCUAAUUAUAUGACUUUGAAUUAGUAUAACCUCUAUUAGGUGAUUUCUGUUCAGACACAGGUUAUCUCUUUGUUGUUGCUAAAACUAAGACUUAAGAAAUUAAUGAAGAUGUUAAUAAAUAUCACAUUUUAGUUAUCUAACCUAAUACACUUUAACAUGAAGCAUUAUUUUAAGCUUUACCUGUUGAGGAUCCAUAAUUAAUUUCAACAUAAGGUACCUCAUCUUAAAUGUAUGUCUAUCUUCAAACCAAAACUUCAGCUUAAGUAUACUCUAUGUUAACAAAUCCUGUUUUAAUUGUUGAACCAUCUAUCAAUGAUCCAUAAUUUGCUGCAUCAGUAGAUGUUUAACUUGAAAUUUAUAAUUUUGAGGGUUCACCUUCUAUUAAUAUUAAAUAAGCUAUCAAAGUUAUUAAUACAUAAACUAAAGUAUAUAUUGAUAAAACCAAAUUCAAAGCAAAUUCAAUUGAAAUAGAUUCUAAAGAUUAUGUUAAAAAAGAAAUGUUAUUAGGAAAUGAUUGGUAUAGUGGUUAAAUCUCUGGAUUCCAAAUCACUUGUGACUAAUGUAAUAAAGCUGAAAAUGGAAUUCAUCUUACAUAAACAGUUGAAAAAGCUAAUGUUUAAUUUUAUAAACCUUAUAAAAUUAGAUCAAUUAAUAAUAAUAUUGCUUAAGCUAUUGAUGCUUUAAUUUUCUUAAAUGAUGAUGAUACUUAAAAUGCUAUUUUACCUUUAGAUUUACCUACUGAAAAUUAUUAAUGUUAUUCAUCUACAUAAUCAACUAAUUACAUUUUAAGUUUAUGUCAUGAUGGUGAUUAAUACACUGUUUAUGCUACAAGUGGUGCUAGUUUAACAGGUUGGUUCCCUGUUGGUGAAAUAUUUAAAUUAAAUAAAUAAACUAAAAAAAUAGAAUUACUUCAAAAUGACUAUUUAAUUGUUUUAGAUAAUGAAUCAUUUAUAAUUUCUAAAAUCAACAUGGAAAAUUGGGUAUUAGAUGAAGAAUAUGUAAUCAAUUUAAAUGAAAUUUAACUAAAAUAUGAAGAUCUUUUAACAUUUACACCUAAUGAUUUCCUUGUCACAGCAGUAAAUAAAGUUGAUGAUAUUCAAUAUUAUAAAGUACUUAUUACAAGUGGAGAAGGUAUUUUCUUUUAAGAUUUCUAUUUCUAAAAUUCAAAUUUAGUAGCAGUCAAUUUAGAAUAUGUUAAUUUAUCAGUUGAAUUAUAAAAAAUACAAUAAUAUGCCAUAAGUUCUACUUAAUAUUUAUUAGUCAAAGAAUUAAAAUCAUUUGAUGCUAAUACAUUGAAUGUUUUCAUAUAAACUAGUAAUGUUGUUAAUUAUGGUUUGAAAAUUAAAUUGGCUUAAAAGGAAGGAUAAUAAUAUUUGACAUAUUCAAGUUUAGAAAGCUAAUUCUCAUUGAAUAGAUAUGGUAAUUGGAAUAUUGUUAGAAGUGUGGCUGUGUCUAAGACUCAUGCUGCAAUUCCAUAUUAAAAUUAAGACAAGAUUGUUGUAGCAAUUUAUCCAAUCAAUGAAUCAACAAAACCAACUACAGCAAUUGGAAGUUUCAAUUUCAUUGCAGAUGCUUCAACAUUUAACCCAUUAAAUUUCGGAUUAUUCUAUAGAAAUGAAAAAUUAUAUGCUAAUUCACCAUCUAGUGAUACUGAAUAAUAUAAAUUAAAUGCAGAACCUUAUUUAACCUUCACAUAAUCAGCUGAUUCUCCAUUAAAAUCAGAAAAAAUAGUCAUUAAAGUUGGAAACGAUUUUAAUUGGUCAUAAGUUGAUUUUGAUUUGAAGAUAACUGUUAAACCAGAUCCUGUACCUCCUAAUCCCCCUGGUCCUGAACCUGAGCCUGAAGAAAGGUAUAAACUUAUAAUUAUAAUAGUUCCAAAUUAUGGUGGAUCAUAUUGAUAAUUGUUGGAGGAGUAAUAUUCCUUUUAGGUAUAGGAUAUGUUGUUUAUCGUAUGAAAAAAAAUAAGAAGGUUGAUGAUGAUUAUGAUGCUAUGGCUUGAGAUAUUGU